AUGCCUGAGGGGAUGAUGACGUCAUGUCUGCGGCAGCAUCUAGACAGAGAGACUGGCAGCCCCUCGCAGGGGUUAACGUUCGCUAAAUGGGCCAAUUUCCACGGUAUCAGCGCGCCUGUAAUGUCUGGUACCUGUCCCAUUCUGGAGAAAGAGACCUCCGCUAAGUACGCGCAAACUGCGAACAGGCUCAUCUCAUCUAGAGCCUUUCGAUGUCCUAAAGAUCAACUCAUGAGCGUUCUCCAGGCGGUCCUGUUCCUUGUGCAAGUUCUUGUCAUGAGCGCCGGUGUUACAACCACCGCAGGCAUACCGUUAAGAAGUGCGCGAGAGUACACCAGCGUCUACCAAACCAUGCGUCUCUCGCUCUCCGAGCCGGUCGCACUUGUUCUUAGAGAUGCCGUUCAGCUCGGAAUUGCGCAUGUAGCGCUUCUGACUCAUAUCCGAAUCGUUGAAAGUGGUGCCGAGUGUAAACCUCAGCUCACAGUGAUGAAACCUAUAAGGACUUGCGAGGCCGCGAGACAUCCGUGA